UAUUUUGAAAGUACUUCCCGGACGUACUGCGUCUGGUUUCCUGAAUCUUGAUGCCGCUGAUCUUUUGAGCUCGUGCGCGUAUGGGGCGGAGCUUGGUCGUUGUUAACAGAGUCGAGCUGGGAGUCUGUGUAUGAACGUGCGGGUUCUCCUCUGUCUUGCGGUUUUCUACUGAUGGAAACGUCCGCAGAAAAGCAGCGGGAGCCGGCGGAGGCUCCUGCUCAGUCAACACACAGCGGCUGUCAGCGCCACAACAACAGCAACAACAAUAACAACAACAACAAAGACAGCGAGGCGGGAGAGAGCGCGACCUCUGCUACCAGCACAGCAACCACUGAGCCCCGGGGGACGACGUCUCUGAGCGUCGGUAAUGGCUCGGUCAUCAACCCCAACGGUGGGAACAACGGGAAGUGGGUCCGGCUGAACGUGGGUGGAACGGUGUUCCUCACGACGCGGCAGACCCUCCUGAAAGAACAAACUUCGUUCUUGUACCGACUGUGCCAACAGCAGGACCUCCACUCCGACACGGAUGAAUCUGGAGCCUACGUGAUUGACAGAGACCCCACCUACUUUGGGCCCAUCCUCAACUACUUGAGACACGGCAAACUGGUGUUCAACAAAGAACUGGCAGAGGAAGGAGUCCUAGAAGAAGCUGAGUUUUACAACAUCACCCCGCUUAUCAAACUGAUAAAGGAGAGGAUCAUCGAGCGGGACUCUAAAGCCACACAGGUGCCCCCCAAACACGUGUACCGGGUGCUGCAGUGCCAGGAGGAGGAGCUGACCCAGAUGGUCUCCACGAUGUCAGACGGCUGGAAGUUUGAGCAGGUCAGCGUGCGAGCCUGCAGAAAGCCCCGCACCGGACUGCUCUGGACUAUGGUGAACAUCGGCUCGUCCUACAGCUACGGGACUGAAGACCAGGCUGAGUUCUUGUGCGUCGUCUCCAAGGAGCUCCACACGCCCGGAUCUGGUCUAAGUACAGAGCAGAGCCACAAAACCAAGCCGGCAGAGAUGCAAGAGGAUGAAGCAGCGAAGGAGGAGGAGGAUGAGGAGAAUGAGGAGGGAGGGAGAGAAACUACACCGAAUGAGUGGCUUAGAGAGUGAUGCUUUGUAUCGAAAGAGGCAGGAAAGGCUGUUCCAGAUCCAUGGAUCUCGGAUGUAGAGAUAUCAGGUCUAUUAUUUUUCUAGACUGGUGGCAUUGUCUACUUGUUGUAUAUCUCUGUGUCGCAUCACUGAGCUGUCAUCAAAAUGUAUAGUUUAUUGAUGAGGUGUCAAUUAGGAUUUCCACAAGACAAGAAGGCAUAGUGGCCAGUCUCAGCAACACCACCCAGAAUCAUUCCCAGAGACGUUUUCAUUUUCUGUGUGCUACCAAGUGGAGCUUAGUAAAGUCUAACCAAAGAUCCGUUCAGCAGCCCAAGGUGCUCUGACCCCGUGUGGGGCUGAUGCUGUGUCACUAUGAUUAGGCAGAUGGUGUGAAGAGAUCCUGUUGCUGUGCAGCAUCUGUAUCCUGACAUUUCCUCGUGUGGCAUCUGUCGGUUGUCUUCCGUCACGAUGGAGGACGUUGUUGGAAAACAACUCAUUCCAGCCAGGGCAAACGGGAAGCCAAACCUUUCAGGUUGAAGAUUUUAUUCAUCAGGAAUUAAGAUAUUUUUCAAAUCUGACGCCCCUGUGUACAUUUGUAUAAUGAUAUCUGUCACUAGUUUGCUAAAGCGUCCACAUGAGGGACAUAAGGGGAGACUAAGAAAUGGCUUUCCUGGCUUAGAUAAAGAUUCUCCAAGACUCGUUAUUCUGUGACACUGCUAACAGUUUCCUAGCAAUUCCAGAACACAAAGAUUGGGACAAACAUGGAAAAUAAACCAUAAAAACAGCUCCAUCGUAGUUAUUAAAGCACUAAAUAACAGGAUGUACAGAAUAAUCUGCUACGGCCUCAUUUCUGAAAAUCUCUAAAUAGAUGGGAUCCAAAAACUGAGCUUUUUAAAACCUAUUAAUAAAAUAAUUUCAUAACUAUGUAGAGUUUAUUAUUUUAACUCUCCAACUGCUGAAGCUUGGGUUAAAAUGAAACCACCCCUAACACAGCAGCUAAGCCCCAACAAAAUAAACCAAUUUUGUUUUCAAUCCACAGUGAACUUUGUUACCAGUGACGUGCGGUGAGGUUCAUGACUGGGGAAGCGCUGACUGCUCUGGAGACAGACUUACAAAUAUACAAAAUAGAAGUUUAUAUUUUAUUUUGACCUUGAAUCAAAUAUUUUAUUGUUUUAAAACUUCUUGGUUAUGAUUUAGAAGAAGAAGAAAAUAUAAUUUCUAUAGCACCUCUCAAGAUAAAAUCACGAGGCGCUUCACAAAAACAAAAAAUGUAAAAAUAUAAAAAAUAAUUUAGAAAAUGGUAAAAAAUAUAUUUAAAAUGAGCAAAAAAUAGACAAUUGUGAUAAAAAAAUCAAUUACUUUACUAUUCAAUAAUACACUGACAAGAAAAGUAAAAUGAUAUUUUAUAUUUGGGCAAAUUUGACCUAAAAAUGUAUUCAUUGUUGUUGGCGUAACUCUUUUAUCACACUUGAAAAUUGUGUAUGAUCUCGCCUUUAAUAAGUCCAAGAACCUGACAUGUCCAUGGUCACUCUGCUGUAAAAAUCAUCCUCUAACAUCUCCUAUUCUGACUAAUAUCCAGUUUAAAUUAAUCCUUUAGUUUUGAGCCAUAAAUCUACCAUUUAGUCAGAGCAAAUUUAAGCUAUUUCACCCUUGCUGACCUGUUGGCUCCACUCCCCUGCCCUGUGUGCAUACUAGCAGCCAGUUUGCACCGGUGUCUAUGGAGCUCAGCACUGCCACUAUCAGUGAGGCAGGGUUUGGCCUGGCCUGCCCCCCCCCCCAACACACACACACACACACACACACACACACCCAUUACCUGAGUGACUUGGUAAUUUUCCCUAUCCUACACAUAUCCUCUGGUGGUCCAGGCCAAUACACCCACUACGACUGAUUGGCUGGCUCAAAUACUCGCCUACUGUUAGGAAGAGCCUGCGAUUGGUGGAUAGAAUCAACCAGCGGGGGCUUUCUUCGUGUGCAAUUCAUUAUCAUUCUGGAUGCUGAGACGUAAACGCCUCGUCUGACCGAAGCUGCUGCAGCUCUCAGUCUUUUUCUCACUGCUGGGAGGAGCACACACACACACACACACACACACACACACACUGCUCAAGGCCACCUUUGUUAAAGAGAGACACCAACGCGUCUUUUGCCCUAUCCUGAGACGUGUGUGUGAACAAGCCCCAGUGGUCCGUGCUGGCCCAGGUGGGAAACUGCCAUUAUUGUGUGUGUGUGUGUGGCAGCUCAGAGAGCAGAGGCAGGCUUGUCUCUCUCUCCUCGUGCUUCUGCAUGUAAAUUUGAUCAGGAAAUGGAUAAAUUCAGCUAUUUUGACCAUAAACACGUUAAAUCGUACAGAAAAGUAAAGUACAGAGCAGCCGUGGACACUGUGACUUCAUAUUAAACCAUUAUUAGUAUUUACUUGUCACGAUGACGAGGGAGGCAGUGCCUCCCCUGUCUCCUCUGAUCGCACGUCACUAUUAAGGACCAACAUUUCUCCUGAAAGAUGUUUCAACAACCUGUUAAAACUCUGCUGUCUGCAUUUGUGUCUCCAUUUAAUUAGAUGUCCAACACAUUUUAAAUACUUUCUUUAUUAGAGGUUUUUACUGAUCUGACUUUAACACCAAAACCAGACGACUUGUUUCACCUUUGUUAUGUCUCCAUCCAUAAAACUUUAACAAUGAAAGAGGUUGUAUUUACUUUUUAGCAUGAUAACACAAGGACACACUGGUACACGACGUUCACGACGAUGAGCCAGAUUGGGUUCUUCACCAUCACAAAUGUAAAAUCCUCAGUCCAAAAUGUUAAUGAUCAUCUCAUCUAAUUGUUUAAGAAAUGCAAGUUCAGUAUUUCUCAGGAACAUUUACAACUCAUUCCAAAUUCAUUUAGCAAUAUUAUCAGUUUUUGUACAGUUGAAGAAAGGGUUUGGUCAAAAACUCCACAUACCUUUCAGAUGUCAUUUUCACACCUUCAGGGACCCUAAUGGGGUUGGCUGGCUCUCUCUGGAUGAUUCUGGCCCAAAACAUGACCCUGUCACCUCCUUCUAGGUAGUCAGCCUGUGCUGAUCUGAAACCAGAUAUUAAUCUAACCCCUCAGUUACACCAAACAUGGAAUGAAUGCGGUCCGGUGUCCGUAUGAUUUCCAGAUGAACUACCUUUUACAACAAAUAGUAGAUGGCCUGUAUUUGAUAUAGUGCCUUCUAGAGUCUUAGAACCCCCCAAGGUGCUUUACAACACAACAGCAGCAUUCUUUGCUGGAAGCUGGGAGUUAUCCUACAAUCCUGUCAACUAUUGGACAACCCGCUCAAUCUCCUGAGCUACUGCUGCCCCAACUGCAGAACGUCUCUGGAAAUUCUUUAUUGUUAGAAGUGUGACACAAUAUGUUUAAAGAUAAAUUUGUAAAAAUGAUGCAAAGUCUAAUAAAACAAAAACGGUGAGAAAUUUUUAAUGCAGGUUUUAUUUUGAAAUAUACCGGAUGCACUUCUCUAAAACAUGUCACUUCCUGUCGGGCUCAUGUAAUUUCUUUAACUUAAUGACAAUCCAAAAGGGUUUGAAUGAAGGCAACUGGACUAAUGGGAGGGUUAAACUUAUAAACCGCUGCUGUCUAGCAUUGCUUAAUGAGCUGAAACUGACUAUGAAUACCCCUCCUCCGUACCCCUUGAGGACUUGUUGAAGUCAUUAUGCCCUAUUGUGUUGGACUGACUGUCCACUCUUUGAUGACUUGAUUAUUAUUAAUAAGGUAUAUUUGAAUUGAAUUGAAUAGAAUUUUCCGUAGAUGUUGGAGAGAGUGUGACCUAGACUGUUUUGAAAUUGGGUUCAGAGCUGCAUUAUCGGUGCUGGAAGUCUAAGCCCCCCACCCCCAUUUAAAGUGGGGUUUUCACAUUCGACAUAGAUGGUUUGAGAGAGGAGUAAAAGAAGCUAUCUAUCUUCUCUGUCCAGAAUGUGUACUUCCUCAUCUUCAAAGGUGUGUGUCCCUUGUCCUUCGGGUGUAGGUGGACUGCAGAGUCUUGACCUGAGGAGGUGGCUUUCCUGUGUUGGGCCAUGUUCUUGUGUAAUUGUUGUUUAGUUUCCCCAGAUGUAACGAUCUGGACAGUCCUCACUGCAUUGGACUGCAUAAACGACACCACUAAGCUUCUGUUUGGGUGUUUUGUCUUUUGGAUGGACCAGUUUCUGUCUGAGAGUUUAAAGUUUACCAGGAUGUUGUGUUUGGAGAAGAUUCUUCAAAGUUUCUCUGAGACUUCUGCCACGUAUGGGAUGGUGGUGCCUUCACACCUGUUGUCCUUUUCUUUACUAGUUGCUGCUGUGAAUUCUUUUCCAGACAUUUUGUUGAUUUCACAAAGGCCCAGUUAGGGGUUUGGAGACCUUUCUUGAUGUGUUUCUCUUCCUUUAGUUUUCCUCCAGUCUUUGUGGGAAUGUUCUUAGCUCCACAGUGUAAAGUCCUGAUACCUGAUGUUUUGUGCCCUGUCGGGGUUCAAUGCUCUGGUUUCCACUUCCUCCAUGUAGAUGCUGGCAACAGUAGGUGAUACUGGGGAGCCCAUGGUGCAUCCAUGUUUCUGCUGGUAAAACGUGUCAUUGUGAUUGAAAUAAGGGGUGGAUAAGCCAAGGUACAGAUCUGGUCUGGAGUCAGUUUUCUUCUCUCGUUUAUGAAAUCAUCUUGCUCCAGCUGUUUCCUAGCUGGUUCCACUACUGCCGCUGUGGUAAUACACGUGAAGAGUGAAGUGACACCAAAAGAGACGAUGGUUUUACCUGUCAGUUUCGGAUAGUUAUUACAAACCUGAUGAGGCGUUUGGAAAAAUUAGACUUCCCAUGGAAAAUUUCUGGAGUUCUGCAGCACGGCCGGUGUGGGUGCUCUGGUUGGACUCAGUGAUGUUUGGUCUUUCUGGAAGCUGUACGAAUUUUGACACGCAUCCGUUCCGCACUCUGUGUAAAUGAGGGUCCAUUACUUCAUACACCAACCCUUAAAAAUAAAUCAGUCAAGAUAAAUAAUUGAACACUUAUGUGAAAAAUAAUUUCUCUAAUAUUUGUGCAUGCAUCUUUACUGAGACCUUCAUAAGUUUGUGAACCGUUUUGGUUUGAUGGAAGAUGCCACUGAAGAAGGGAGUAUUGGUUCAUUUAUGUUGAUUUAGGAAAAACAAGACUGAACAAACCCAGAGAGAGCAACGGUGAUCACCGAUGCACACCUACACUGGCGGAGGCUCACCAGCUGUGUGCCGCCAUCAUGGGGAAGAGCAGUGAGAAUGUUACAAAUGAGGAGCACAAGACUAUCAACAUUAAUAACCUUUAUCCGUAAGGUUCUCAGUUUUAGAUUGCAUUUGUCAGAGAGCUGAUGUGUCAUUAAAGGAAUAAAAUAUUCAAAACGAGACGUGUAAAAUACACUAGAUCUCAUUUCUAAUGGGGCAUCUUUUACUUUGGAUGUCAAUCAGUAAAUUCAUAAGAUUUUAGCAGGAUGAAAACUUGUAUAAUCCUGGGAGAAACUAAUCUGAAACUAGACAAUAACAGGAUGUUUUAUUCACAUCGGCAGAUGGUGACAUGUAAAUAAGUAUUAGUGUUGGUAGUUCACUUAGCAGAGGCUGGUGCUCUGGAGGAUGGAUCCUUUCAGAGGCUGAUUCAGUCUUAACUCUAGAUUUAAGCAAAUAGGGAGGCGUGGUGUUGUUUAAACUUCAGGAUGCUGACUGAACCACAGCUUACACAAACCGAGCAGCUACAGGCAGGAAAAUCAGGUAACAGCGACAAAUCGAGUCAGACCGUGGUUGUAGUCUCUGUGUGUGUGUGUGUGUGUGUGUGUGUCGCCCAUUUUUCCUGUCCGUUAGAAACGUAACAAACAUUAGAAUAGCUGAGCUACACGUUCUGUUGGUGACAGUUCUUCCACUGUUUUAACUUGGGUCAUUCAGUGCCUUGAGUUCAAGCAGCAAACCUGACCAGCAUGAGUAGAUGUCACACGGGUUGGUUUAGUUCCUGUGCUUUUGCUCUGAGAAGAGAAAUGAAAAAUGGACUUUGAUUUGGGAGGUUGUUUCAUGCUUGUGGGUUAAAUCCAUUUUGUAUAAAAUUAUUUAAUUUGUACAUUUUAUUUAUUUUCAAGAUUCCUUUUUGACAACUUUGGGCGUUUUUAUUUGUAUGGCAGGAUGACAUAUUUUUUAAUGAUCAGUAAUUAGAAAAAAAUCACACAAAUGCUGUUUGUUUCUAAAAGUUUUAUAAACCACCUUCUGCAUUAACAGUUGCUCCAUCAGGUUUGCUGGAUUCACACUUGUAUGUUUUAUGAUUUCUACUGUAUUGUUGCGUGUUUUCACUUAAUGCACAAAGGUCUACCUGGCUGUGCUCUUCUGUUAUUCCAUGCAAAAAAAAAACAACAAACACGUACCAGACUGAUCUGGGUAGAGGACAUUCUGUCUCUGAGGCUGAACUUUUUAUCUGCCGUUUAGUUUCUACUGUUCUCUGUAGCCAUAAAAAAAUAUGUGACACAUGAAAUGUAACACUUGCACCGGCUUCCAGAUUCGCUUUGUGUCUUUUGAUGUCAUAGAAUUUCAGCAGGACCCAAGCAACACACUACAACAUGACAUGAUUCGUGUUUUUUAUUAUGAUCUACUGUAGAUGAGCAUCACUGUCUAUAAAAAUAAAAAUUCUUUUGAUGUAAAAUA